AUGUCAACAAUCACCAAAACUGUAGAGAGCAAGCUUAAGAAUAAAGAAAAGAAUUUAAAAAAGGCAACCGACUCUAACGAUCUAGAUACUGUUUUAGACAACGUUAAAAAGAUUGAUGCGACGUGCUGCUUUACCAAGUGUAAAAAACGUACCAGCGACUUCGGCAUAGACUGCAAGUAUUGCAGCAGUCGCUUCUGUACAGCGCACGGCUUACCUGAGAUACACGGUUGUGGAGAAGCAGUAAGGAGAGACGAGCAGCGUAAAUUUCAACAUCCCUACACAGCACUGUCUCAGGACAAACAUGGGAAAGCUGCUGACAAACUCGCUGUGAAAUUAAAGCAAAUGCAAUUUGAGAGGAAAGCCAAACAAUGUACCAGCAAAAGUAAAAAAUAA